AUGAUUUAUUUUCGAUUGGUGUUAGCUACUACCACUACUCAAACUACUACAACUAUUCAAACUACUACUACUACUACUACUACUACUACUACUACUACUACUACUACUACUACUACUACUACUACUACUACUACUACUACUACUACUACUACUACUACUACUACUACUACUACUACAAAUAUUCAAACUACUACUGAUUUAUUACUGUCUAUUGACUAG